AGCAGCAGCAGCAGUCCGGUGGUCGCAUAAAUGAGAAGGCUCGGAGCCUCCGCGGCCACUCGUUGACCAGAGACACCGAGGCAGGACCGCUGAGAGCAGAGACCCCCGACACGACCCCGUCACCUCACCUCUCGCAGCAGGACUAUCGGGCUGUUUGUUUGUUUUGUUCUUUAAAGGCAGAGCCAUGCUCACCGCGUGUUUGGAGUUCGUCGGCCUGGCGCUGUGCGUAACGGGCUCCCUGCUGGUGAUGGUCGCGUGCGGGCUGCCGAUGUGGAAGGUGACCGCGUUCAUCGACUCCAACAUCGUGGUGGCGCAGACCAUCUGGGACGGCCUGUGGAUGUCGUGCGUGGUGCAGAGCACCGGGCAGAUGCAGUGCAAGGUGCACGACUCGGUGCUGGCGCUGGCGCGGGACCUGCAGACGGCGCGCGCCCUCACCAUCAUCUCCGCCGUGCUGGGGGUCGUCGCGCUCACGGUGACGGUCGCCGGCGCGCAGUGCACCAACUGCAUCCGGGCCGAGGCGGUGAAGGCGCGGCUGGUGAACGCCGGCGGGGUCAUCUACAUCCUCAGCGGGCUGUUCGUGCUGGUGCCGCUCUGCUGGCUCGCCAACAACAUCAUCGUGGACUUCCACGACCCGCAGGUGCCCCCGUCCAAGAAGCGGGAGAUCGGCGCGGCCAUCUACGUCGGCUGGGCGGCCACCGCGAUGCUGCUGUUCGGCGGCACGCUGCUGUGCUGCUCCUUCUCCCAGGUGGUGCGAGGCGCGUACCCCAUCAAAUACGCGCCCACCAAGACGAUCACGGCCAACGGGGACUUUGACAAGAGGCACUACGUAUGAACUGAAACGUCCUCUUUUACACUGGGGACUUGUGUUUCUGGGGGGCUGAGCUCAAACAUCUCCCACACGCCUGAGGCUUGAGUCUGCAAUGUGUGCCAAAGGGCUUUGGCACACCGACGUGGUGCGCAGGAGUGCGCAGGGGACCUUUGGAGCUCACCGCGGCUGUAAAAUUUGUACUAAGCGUGAACUGAAUGUCAUUUCUUUUUAAAGCAUUUGAGAAGUUUACUUGUGCUUCUAAUCAAGUUCCAUGCAUCCCAAGCACAAAGCAGUGCCAAGUCCGGGAAUGCUAAAGUCACACGAUGGAUUUCGAGGUUGAUGUCAGAUGUGACGAGUGUUGUAAUCGUUCCACCGUGCAGGGUGGGUCAAGUCAGUGUCGACCCUCAGCUGAAUGUCUGCACAAGCCUCAUUGUGUUGUAAAUAUGUUGUUUCUUCCUUUUCUAGUUCUGCUAGUAAGAGACAAGGUUCCCAAGUCCAUCGGACCAAUGUGCGCUCAAUUUGUGAUCCAAGGGGGGAAUUUUAUCAUUCUAAUACAUGUACAGUGUUGUGAACUUCACGUCUUUUUUUCUUCUUUCAAGUCUAUGAAUAGAAACCUUUUCUAAUAAUAAAAAAAACCCCAUUCAACUGGC